GUCUGGGUGGCCGCACGUGGUUGUAUUGCCGGGUUUGAGCUGGCGCUGGCAGAGAAGUAAUUGAAAGUGUCUCCCGGAGCGAGUGAGCCGGGCCGGAGCCAUGGAGGGCCAGAACGUGGAGGAGCUGCUGGCAAAGGCGGAGCGAGACGAAGCAGAGAAGCUGCAGCGCAUCACGGUGCACAAGGAGCUGGAGCUCGAGUUCGACCUGGGUAACCUGCUGGCCUUGGACCGGAACCCCCCGACAGGGCUGCGGCACGCGGGACCCACGCAGGAGGCCGAGCUGCGGGCCCUGGCGCGGGACAACACGCAGCUGCUCAUCAACCAGCUGUGGCAGCUGCCCACCGAGCGCGUGGAGGAGGCGCUGGUGGCGCGGCUGCCGGAGCCCACCACUCGUCUGCCGCGCGAGAAGCCGGUGCCCCGGCCGCGGCCGCUCACACGCUGGCAGCAGUUUGCGCGCCUUAAGGGCAUCCGUCCCAAGAAGAAGACCAAUCUGGUGUGGGAUGAGGUGAGCGGCCAGUGGCGCCGCCGCUGGGGCUACCAGCGCGCCCGCGACGACACCAAGGAAUGGUUGAUCGAGGUGCCCGGCAGUGCUGACCCCAUGGAGGACCAGUUCGCCAAGCGGAUUCAGGCUAAGAAGGAACGGGUGGCUAAGAACGAGCUGAACCGGCUGCGUAACCUGGCCCGCGCACACAAGAUACAGCUGCCCAGCGCGACCGGCAUGCACCCCACCGGACACCAGAGUAAGGAGGAGCUGGGCCGCGCCAUGCAGGUGGCCAGGGUCUCCACCGCCUCUGUGGGACGCUUCCAGGAGCGCCUGCCCAAGGAGAAGGCGCCCCGGGGCUCCGGCAAGAAGAGGAAGUUUCAGCCCCUUUUCGGGGACUUUGCUGCCGAGAAAAAGAGCCAGCUGGAAAUGCUGCGAGUGAUGAACAGCAAAAAGCCUCAAAUGGACGUGACGAGGGCCACCAAUAAGCAGAUGAGGGAGGAGGACCAGGAAGAGGCGGCGAAAAGGAGGAAAAUGAGUCAGAAGGGCAAGAGAAAGGGAGGCCGACAGGGUCCUGGGGGUAAGAGGAAAGGGGGCCCGCCCAGCCAGGGAGGGAAGAGGAAAGGUGGCUUGGGAGGCAAGAUGAAUUCCGCGCCGCCUGGCUUGGGUGGCAGGAGAAAAGGAGGGCAACACCACGGAGGAAAGAGGAGGAAGUAAAUUUCACCCUUGGACCCGCUUGUAAAACCGAGAACUGUACUAAGAACUGUUACUAAGCUCUAGGUACUGUAAGGGGAUGCGGAAGAUGUGGCCGCUGCCUUCAUUGGCUUGAGAUUGAAGGGACAGGACUGCCUUCCUCUCAAGAUAGUAUGUAAAUACUGAACUCGACACAUUAAUGUAUUUCCCACAACCAAACUUGGGCUGGAAAUUAAAGGCUGUAUUUAAGGGCAUAAGAAUUAGGUGGAAGCUGGAGUGAGUUCUGUUUUUUAAACAACCAAUUUUUUCUUUUAAACUUUGGAGUGGUGUGAGGGGGAGCUGGUCAUAUUUCAGAGACUUAGAUUGAUUUUUGCAUUAUUUUGGUAAACUUCUGUAUCAAAGAGGGGAACAGAAAGAUUACAUUUGCAGAACUGUUGUAAAGGUUAUUUAAUAAAAGUUUGUAUCUAAUGUUGCUUUUAA